AUGAGCGUGAACAACCACCACCACCACGGCUUGAGGAGCAAAAUCUCCCAGAUUGAGCAAGUCGUUUCCGCAUCCUUGAAACCUUUGCCCAUCGAGACGGGUAAUGGGACGUAUGUCAAAGAACCGGCUACGACCGGACUAGCAAAGGACCUCGGCCAUACCGACCUGAAAGAUGUGAAGACUCUGGCUGAGGUCGCCAAGAGUGCUGUGACCGGUGACCCCGUGAAUGACAGGGAAUACAUCAUGGAACGAAUUAUCCAACUUGCAGCUGGUCUGCCUUCAACUUCUAAGAACGGCAAGGAGGUAACGGGUACCUUUCUCAAUCAACUGUGGAAUGAUUUACAGCACCCGCCAAUCUCGUAUCUGGGGCGUGACGCCGCCUACCGGAAAGCGGACGGAUCCGGAAAUAAUGUACUGUGGCCUCAGAUCGGAGCUGCAGGGACCCCAUACGCGCGGUCUGUUCAGCCAACGACCAUGCAAGCUGCUGCCCUUCCAGACCCAGGGACUCUUUUUGACAGUCUUUUGGCCCGGAAAGAGUUCAAAGAGCACCCAAACCAAAUAUCCAGUGUGCUAUUCUAUCUUGCGUCCAUCAUAAUUCAUGAUCUGUUCCAAACAGAUCCGACUGACGGGACAAGGUCUUUGACGUCCUCUUACUUGGACUUGUCGCCUCUCUAUGGCAACAACCAAGACCAACAGAACAAAGUGAGAACCUUCAAGGACGGAAAGCUGAAGCCCGAUUGUUUCUCUUCCAAAAGGGCUCUAGGAUUUCCUCCCGGCGUUGGUACUCUUCUCAUCAUGUUCAAUCGCUUUCACAACUACGUGGUGACGAAUCUGGCAUCUAUCAACGAGGGUGGCCGCUUCACCGAACCGGAUUCAUCAAAUAUCAAAGCCUAUGCCACCUAUGACAACGACCUCUUUCAAACAGGAAGACUGGUCACCUGUGGCCUUUAUGUCAAUAUCAUCCUGAAGGACUACGUUCGGACCAUCCUCAACUUGAAUCGGACAGACAGCACCUGGAGCCUAGAUCCCCGCAUGGAAUUGAAGAACGGACUCCUGGAGAAGGCUGCAGGCCAGGCUACUGGAAAUCAAGUAUCUGCAGAGUUCAAUCUUGUUUACCGCUGGCAUUCUUGUGUCUCUGCGCGCGACCAGAAGUGGUCUGAGACCAUGUAUCAGGAGCUCUUUGCUGGUAAAAAUCCUAGCCAGAUUACCAUGCAAGAAUUUACCAGGGGUCUCGGACAAUGGGAAGCAAAGCUUUCUGCAGACCCCCAAGAACGACCCUUUGCCAAUCUGCAGCGCCAAGCGGAUGGCUCAUUCGACAGUAAUGAUCUCGUCAAGAUUUUCGAGGAAGGUGUGGAGGAUGUUGCUGGAGCAUUUGGGGCAUGCAAUGUCCCCGAAGUGUUCAAGACUGUCGAAGUUCUUGGUAUCAAACAGGCACGGGCCUGGAACUUGGCUACGCUGAAUGAGUUUCGGGCUUUCUUCGACCUAAAGACCUAUGACACGUUCGAGGAGAUCAACCCUGACCCGUAUAUUGCUGACCAGCUCCGGCGGUUCUAUGAUCAGCCCGAUCUCGUGGAGCUAUACCCGGGUCUCAUUGUGGAGGCCGCAAAAGAGCCCAUGGUGCCCGGCAGUGGACUUUGCACCAACUACACUAUAUCACGAGCAAUCCUCUCCGACGCUGUCGCUCUGGUCCGUGGUGAUCGUUUCUACACCGUUGACUUUACCCCGAAACAUCUCACCAACUGGGCAUAUAACGAGAUUCACUGUGAUGACUCCAUUGACCAGGGUCAGGUUUUUUACAAACUUGCUCUGGCAGCCUUCCCCAAUCAUUUUCGUGGAAACUCGAUUUACGCCCAUUUCCCAAUGGUUGUGCCGCAUGAGAACCAGAAAAUUCUCACUAGCCUUGGGAUUGCUGGAUCAUACGACUUUGAUCCCCCCAGCUAUCUUCCUACGCCCAGGAUGAUCAAUUCGCACGCGGCAUGCUCGUCAAUCCUCGCAAACCAGGAAUCUUUCAAGGUGAUUUGGGGAACGAAGAUUGAGUUUUUGAUGCAUCAGAACCGCCACCCGUACGGGGUCGAUUUCAUGCUGUCCGGAGAUCUUCCUCCAAACGCUGCGUCUCGACAGAUGAUGGGCGCUGCCCUGUACCGCGACAAGUGGGAGUCUGAGGUCAAGUCGUUCUAUGAAGAGAUUACCUUGAACCUCCUGCAGAGGAAUUCUUACAAGGUGGCAGGUGUUAACCAGGUUGAUAUUGUGAGGGACGUGGCCAACCUCGCACAGGUACACUUUUGCGCCUCUGUCUUUUCCCUGUCUUUAAAGACGGACUCAAAUCCUCGUGGCAUUUUCACGGAGCUCGAGCUGUACCAGAUCAUGGCAGUGGUGUUCACGAGCAUCUUCUAUGAUGUGGACGUCUCGAAAUCAUUCCAACUCAAUACUGCUGCCCGACAGGUCACGCAACAGCUCGGCGAAUUGACCGUCGCCAAUGUCGAGCUUGUUAAGAAGGCUGGAUUUAUUGAAUCCCUGAUCAAUCGCCUUCAUCGCCACGAUAUCCUGAGCGAAUAUGGUCAGCACAUGAUUCAACGUCUGCUAGACAGUGGACUAUCCCCGCAACAGAUUGUGUACACGCAUCUUCUGCCUACGGCUGGUGGAAUGGUCGCAAACCAGGCUCAGUUAUUUUCGCAGUGCCUGGAUUAUUAUCUCGAGCCUGAAGCCGCCGCUCAUCUAGCGGAGAUCCAACGUCUGUCGAAAGAAAAUACACCCGAAUCGGACGAUCUGCUUCUUCGAUACUUCCUUGAGGGCGCACGGUUGCGGUCGUCCGUGGCCUUGCCGCGAGAAGUCGCAAAGCCGACGGUCAUUGAGGACAAUGGAGAGAAGGUGAUCCUGAAAGCUGGUCAGCAGAUCUAUUGCAAUUUGGUUGCCGCCAGUCACGAUCCUGUCGCAUUCCCCGACCCUGAUACCGUCAAGCUUGAUCGCCCUCUCGAUUCGUAUCUUCACUUCGGUUUUGGACCGCACCAAUGCCUCGGCAUGGAUAUGUGCAAGACUGCACUCUCCACCAUGCUCAGGGUUAUCGGGCGCUUGGACAAUCUCCGUCGUGCGCCGGGGGCCCAAGGUCAGCUGAAGAAGCUCGCUGGGCCGGGUGGUGUUGCUAUGUAUAUGGACGCUGAGCACAGCUCGUACUCCCCGUUUCCGACGACUAUGAAGGUCCAGUGGGAUGGGGCCGCCGCU